UUUGGUGUUGAAUUUAUGUUCUAGAUUAAAUAUUUUUUUUCUAGAUUAAAUAUUUUUUAUGCAAAUUGCAUAUAUCACGAAGAUAUCGAGAAGAUAUUGACAUAACAGAUUAAUCGAUACGAGUAAAUUACAUAACAUCGCAUAUCAUAUUAUACGUUACAUUAAACUAAAUACAUUAGUUACAUUAGAUGUAACUUGCCAAAGCAUUUAUUUACUUAACAUUUUAAAGUUGAAGUCAAUAGACAAAUUGUAGUUGCAAUACAUCCUUGGCGCAAAAGCGGCUAAUAGUGAAAUUAUUAUCAGGUUAUCGUGGUUUCAACAUGUGCCUUUUACUCGUGAAUUUGUGUGAAUCAUGUAAAUGUAAAUAUUAUAUAUGUUAAUAAUAUAUGUUAAGAAAUAUAUUUGUAUAGAAUGAGAGAGUGGUUCCUAUAUAUAAAUAUAUAUUGCGCAUAAAUAAAAUAACUACUCGCAAGCUCGCGAUAUCGUUGCACAAGAUUACAUGACGGAUCGAAAUAGCAUAUCAUAAUUUCGCAAUGGAUAGAAAAGUUUUCAGAGCAUCAUAAUAAUGAGAUGCAGAAAUGUGAGAUAUGAAAUAUACGUAAUGAAAUACACGUAAAUAUUAUUUCGUAAAAAGCUUUUGAUUAACAGUCGAUUUAACGCGAUUUAUUAUGUGAUGACUAAUUAUUUUCCGCUAUGAUUAUUUUUUAUACACAUCGUUUGUUAGCCGUGUAAAUUUGUGUAACUGUGUUAAUUGUUUUUCAGUUUGAAAAUAAAACAUACGGUUGUAUAAUAGCCGAAUAUAUUUCAGGCUUAUUGAAUUCUUUUUAAUCGAUAUUUUUUAGCAAAUUAAUUAUAAUUUUCAAUGUAAUUGCGGGUGUAAGCUUUUUUUACCCAGAUUAAACUUCAACUGGAAUUUUAUAUAUGCAUACAUAUAUAUAUGUAUGUAUGUAUAUAUUAAUUUCGAUGUUAAUGUCCUCCCAGUGGAGCAACAUUCAAGCAAACUGCUUACUUCGAAAUUCGAAUGUUAAUACGUCAUGUUAUGAUAAUCGACAACAGAUGCUCUGCAGCUUCUAAUUAAAGAAGCCCAUUGUUAGUCGUAUCUGUGCUACAGGACAGAUAAUUCUUCUUCGAACCUAGUGUCAAAGAAGACACGAAUUUAAAUUCUCGAUUGUUGUGCGCUCAGUGCAAGAUGAUUUUGAUACGCAAUAAAAAUAUCCGUGUGUUGAUAUUCAUUGCGAGUAUUCUGUCAGUGAAUUCUAACGAGCUCUUCUCAGCUUACAAUGUUUCCCCCAGAGCCGUUCCGAAGUGUUCCUUGCCAAUAACAGUUUUGGAUUUCAUUCGCAAUACUAGUCAGCUUGAUUUAGAAACUAAAUGGCCCUGCGAAGUACGCUCGUACUGGCUGUCUUUAAAGCCAUUCGUCAAAUCCGUCCGUUUUUUGCUCCGCUAUGUAACGCCAUUUAUUAUAAUACUCGGUGUAUUGCUAAAUGCUGUAUCUUUUAGUAUGUUGAGCGCACCUGUGUUAUGUGACUCCAAUUUGUCACUUUAUCUAAGCGCGCUCGCUAUAUCGGACAAUGGAGCGUUAAUAUUCAAUUACGCCGUCAGCGUCGCAAAAUCACACUCCUCGUCCGUUAACGAUCUUUUUAUGAACAGCAAAUUUUUAUGCGGCGCGAAUUCCGUGAGCAUGGAACUUUUUCAAUUUACGUCGACCUGGCUGAUUGUCGCUCUCACGUGGACGCGUGCCAUCGCCGUGAUGUUUCCAUUCGGAGCUCGUGAUCAAACUCGCUCCGCGAUUACAAUUAUCACCAGUCUAGUCUGCAUAAGCUUCAUAAUAUCCUUAACGAAGCUGUACUCUGGCGGAUACGAAACUGACAGCGUUUUCGAAUUUGUACCCUGCCAGAAGAUGAAGCCAUGGGGCAGCGCCAUGUACUUUUACAUCGCCCUGUCCACGUGGCUGCCCUUGCUUUUUAUAUCGAUCGGCAAUCUGCUACUGAUCGUUCGUAUGAGGAGAUCUUAUAAGAUUCACAACGAAUUAACUCAUAAUUUUAGGUACAGAAGCAACAGAACAAACAAUUCAAGUAGAACGUUGUUCGUGGUAUCGAUAGUACAUUUGAUCUUGUUGCUGCCAUUGGGAAUUGUUGAAACGUUGGAACUUUAUUGGGACGUGAUUUUAAUCAAAUAUCCUAGUAAUACAGGAGAGAACGAGAGAUACAUACAUUGGUUACAAGAGAAGAUGUUACUAAAGUGGUGCCACGGCCUAUUUUUUCAUAUAUACCAUUGGAAUUUCGCAAUAAACUUUUUUCUGUAUUACCUUACAGGAAAUAAAUUCAGAAGUGUUGUUGCGCAAAUGUUGAAAAAUUAUACGGAUACAUAUCUGCCGUGCCACAAAAAAGUCUCGAGAUGUAAUACAUGGAAUAACUGUCACAAACAUUUACGAUCUUGCGUCACAUUGCUAACGAGAACUGUUGUACGAAGCAAACAAUUCAAUAAUAUGGCAAAUAAUUCAAUAAUAUUCAAUAAUAGAAGUAAUUCCAAUGAAAGAAACAGCAACGUUACCUAAUUUUGUAAAAACAAAGUACAUUAGGAAGAAAACUCUUUUCGAUAUAGGAACGUUGCAUUAUAUGUAACUCAUCAUCAUAUAUAAUAUAUGCGUCUUAAAAGAUAAAUCCGACAGAAAAGAUAUGUAAACAUUCAACUCAAACGUGAUAAACCAUCGUCUCUUUCUCGAUUAUUUUAUAUACAUACUCGUAUCUUUUUAAUUGAUUCCGGAAGUCGGUUCUCGAGGAGCAGAUUAUAUUCGGGUAAAGUUAUUUUUGUUUUGCAGUUUAUUUUGUUUACACAUGAAAUGUUUACACAUUAAACAUUGCAAAAUAUCACAUUGCGUAUUAGGCGUCUUCUGCAUAACAGCGUAAUUCUUAUAAUUAAAUAGCGAUUUAAUUACAUGUGUAAAGAUGAUUUGUUAUUAUAUUUUAACUAUAACUUCCAAUUUUUUCACUAUCAUCACUCGCCUUUUCUAGUCUUAUAAACUAAUGUUAUGGUCCCCUAUGCAGAUCUUUGAUGCAAUCUGGGAUAUCAUGAUAAUACUGUACUACAAAAAUUUCGAGCAAAUGGUACAAGAAUAAGAUGAACUACUAACAAUAAGAUGUAGUAAGAUGUACUAUUAGAACUUGUAUCACUAUUUUCAAAUCGAUAUGAAAUAACUUAGAGCAAUAUACGAAGUUCACUGCUGAUUUUGUUUUUCCUAAAAUUUAGUUAGUGACUUGACAUGCGUUUCAUAAAAUAUUCGAAUUUAAUGCAUAUGCUAAAUUAAUUGUAUCAAACAUAAUUACACAACUUGCGUAUGAGAACAUGAUUAAGUAUACACAUAUACAAUAAUAAUUACUCAUUUUAACGGCAGAUUAAAUGAAUAGUUAUCUAAACUACUAACGCACUUCUCUCUCCUUCGCUUCCUCCUUCCCUCCCAAUCAGUUAUGCAUUCACAUAAUAUACAUUUACAACUGUACCACAUUGGUAACUUUUACUGAAAUAAAUUCUAA